AUGUCAACCCAAUCCACCCACCCCAUCCUCUUCACACACUCCGCUCCGCAGCAAGCAUUCCGGUUACUGGAGCUCACGCCUGAAUUGGUGGGAUUGUUAACGAAGGAGGACGGAGCUACACUGCAACUAAAAUCCCCCGCCCAAUCUCAAUCCCAAUCUCAAAAUUCCACCGGAUCGCAGCAGCAGCAAUACGUCAACCUCUGCACCCCAACCCAAACAUACCGCAUCCGCGAAGUCCAGUCCUCGAAUUCAUUACAUGUUAUCCGGCCUAGCGAUGGGGGCGCCAAACGCGGAGAUAUCAAUAUCGUCGGAGGAGCCGGCGACCAAGUCGGUGAGGAAGGGCUGAAUCUCGACCUUGUCGACACGAUGACUGCUAUUGCGAAGUGCGGGUCGACGCUUGAGUUGGAUGUUCCGUCUGGGGGGUUCUCUGCGAGGCCGUUUUUGGAGGGGGCGUUGGGGGUGUUUGAUGGGGAUGGGGUUGAUGGUAACAGUGCGCGGGGGGAUCUAGGGAUGAGGGGUGAAGAGGAGGAGAAGGAGAGAGGGGAUAUCAUUCGCUGUGUUUUCGACGAUGUCCCGUUGUCACUGGCUGAGUGUGAGAGGGGCUGGGUUGAGCUGUGUGCGUUUGUGUUGCCUCGCGCGGAGAGGAGUAGCAGCAGUAGCACUAGGGCUGUGUCUGAGUACUGUCGGCGACCUUCAGCGCAGGUGAAGAUCGAUGUGUGGAAGAAGGCGAUGGAGGGAGCUGUCCUGCAGGGAAUUGACCUGGAGAAGCAAUUCCUAGUGAGGGAUUUGUGGAAAUCUGUGCUUGAUGAGGAUGACGACGGUACUGUCGUGGAGCCAUUCCCCCGGGAUCUGUUUGAGGCUGUUGUGAGGCGGGUUUGUGAGUCUGGGGAGGAGUUGGGUGGGCUGUUUGAUGAUGCGCAGAUGAAGUGGGCGAGUAUCGACAAGAAGAAGUGUUUACAGUGGGUUGGUGAGACCUAUCUGGAAGCUGUCGCGCCCUCUACAAAGACAGCUGUUGGUCGUGUUGAAUUCCUCGCCACUUGGAAGAAUCAUCUUCCUGAGUCGUGGAGGGACGAUGUCUCAUUGUCUCAAUUGACCAACGACUCGUACAAAUUUCCUGACCCUACGACUAUCUGCUACGUCAACGAAGCAGACCGCCAAAAGCUCAAGAACAAUCUGUCCACAGAUAUCAGCGCCGACACGGCAGCGAAGAAGUCACGGAAUUGGCAUGAGCUAUUCAAAAAUAAAAGGCAGAAACGCUGA